CAACUGUGCCUCUUAUGACAGUACAGUGCAGGAUCACGUAUACGAUUUAUAUCCGAUUUUUUUCUUACUUUUGUUACAAAUUUAUUAAACGACAUGGCUGUUCGACAUCGAGUUCUAUGGUUAAUUGUUACUCUUUACUAUAUUGCAACGACAGCUCACUGCACCCUGUUGAACAUAAAUGAUGCUGAAUCUUGCGACUUGCUGUGUAAACAAUGUAACACAUCUGCAGUAUUUACAGAUGACCGCUGUGAAUGUAACUUAUCUGACAAUAAUGAUAAAGGAGCAGAGUGCAUACAGCGCAUACAGAGAGAAAUUGAAGCAAUCGAUCUGAAUAUACUUUCUGAGGAUUCCACGGAUGAGGAGCGAGGCGUGCGCUCUAUUUUAAAAUCCAGACAUCGUCUCAGAAUGGAAGAGGCCGGAUCACGUCCAGCUAUAUCCGAUGCAGAAAUCCCAAUCAUUGGAAUGAUACAUCCAGCUCUCAGCUAUUCAGCAAACAUAUACGAUGCAGCAAGCCCAGUGGUGGGUUCGAUUAUCCAUCAUCCUUACAGACACGGGUCCCACCAUCGUUUGCAUAAAACGGAUAGUCUUCCGGUACUUUUGCACAAUUUAUUUAGCCAUCAUCGUUGGUCACCUGGUCAUCGUCCUGUACAUUAUGGCAGAAAUUCUAACGAUAAAAAUCCAGUUUUAAUCAGUCAACCAUAUGAAAAUGAUGGUAGUUCUACUGCUUCUAAAGAAUUUUCUACUGCCCAAAGUAAUACUGAUAAACCUGUUGAUCAAAAUGUUGCUGCAAACAUUCCCAGAUUAUUUAAACCAACGUAUCAUUCUAUAACACCAUAUUUCUUCGAUGCAAAUGCAAUGUAUGAACCGAUACAAUAUCCACCCUUUAAUAUUCCAUAUACUUCUUAUCAUAAUCCCUUGAUGGAAGUACUUCAUCCUAUAACUGAGGAAUAUAUUGUCCAACCAGGAUAUAUACCACAAUAUGUACAUGGUAUAUCAGAUCCACUAAUUACUGCGCCUAAUCCAAACUCUUACUGCACGAAUAAUGCCAAUGCGGAACAGAAAGAUGAAGUUUCAACUGACAAAACUGUAUAUUCCAAUAAUAAGGUAAAGCAAUCUAAUGAUGUAAAUAAUAUCAUCAAUGCAGAAAAAAAUGAAAAUAAUUAGUCAUAUUAAAAUAAUAUAAAUUAAAUGCAUUGUCUUUUAAAUUGUCUAAAACCUCAAUUUCUUACUAUUAUUAUAUUACAUUCAUACAACAAACAAUUAAUGUUUCACAUAAUGAAAGAAAUAUGCACCAUGUGACAAGUGAUUCCACAUCCUCUUCUUUAUCUCCUUCCUUUGCCUUUUCCUUUCUUUGAUGUUGAUGCGGAUGGCUGCGAUGCUUGCUCGCUAGAACUUUGUUUACCCUGACGAGUCUUUAACUUUGGAAUUGUGGUUCCAAUAUAUGCCAAGAGAGAAUCUCUAGUGGGAAACUCGGAUCGUAUCGGUGUACCAUCGUCGUUUUUCAAUUGUACGCGAAUACGACCGCGAAACAGAGGUUCCUUGCUACGUUCUUUGGGAUGUAGCUUGUUCUCGACGCCUACGUUAAAACCUGCUGCUACCAACACAUCCCGUAUUUCCUGAUGCGUUGGAUUCUCCACACAUUUGUCCUUGACCAACUUUCGUCCGUCUUUUAAACUCCUCUUAUUGUUCAAAUAUAUUGGAUAAAUACACACCCAUCUGUAAAAGACGACAUGUCAUAUGGUAAAUUCAAAAUGCAAAAAUUUAUGUUAACAAAUGUGAAAUAUUAAA